AUGAAUUUGGAAAUUUUUCUCCUUAUUUUCUUCUUGGAUGCUGCUUUGGGGCAAUUCUUCCGUGACCCGGUGACUUUUGAAACCUCUCAAAUUCAUCGAAAAAGUUCGGAAUCGCCAUACAAAUACCGUGAAGAAUAUGUCAAAGUUCCCAUAGAUCAUUUCACAUACAGAACUGAUUUUGAAUUCAAUUUGAGAUAUUUAAUCAAUACCGACAGGGCCAAUUUUGUUCUACCCGGGAAACGAGGGAAAAAUUGAAAAGUUUGCGGAUAAUACGGUAAGUUCCAUGUACUGUACUUUUAGAUAUAUUAUUUGAAAAGGGAUUCAUGUGGGAUUUGGCACCGGAACUGAAUGCGGCCGUGGUUUUUGUUGAACAUCGAUAUUAUGCAAAAUCAAAACCGUUUGGUAAUGAGAGUUAUUCAAAUAUCGAGAAUUUGGGAUAUUUGUCGACUUCACAAGCAUUGGCAGAUUAUGCAUUUGUAGUUCAAUAUUUGAAAAAUGGGGUGAACAUUAAGAGCAAAAACAUAAUUUUCAAAAAAAUAUUCUAGAAAACCAUCCCGGGCGCUGAUAAAAAUACACCUGUCAUAGCUUUUGGUGGAUCUUUGGGUGGAAUGUUAGCUGCAUGGUUCCGUAUCAAAUACCCACAUAUUGUUGAUGGAGCACUCGCAUCAUCUGCUCCAGUUGUAUUAUAUCCCAAUUCAAACCCAAGUGAAUUUUACAUGAUAACAUCUCGCACAUUCAUUGAUUCUGGUUGCAAUAAAAAGGCGGUCGAGAGAAGCUGGGAAGUUUUGGAGAAGUUAGCGAAAACUAAAGAUGGAAGAGCAAAACUCAACAAGAUUUUCAAAUUGGAUCCAAAGAAGUCUUUAAUUUCAAAAAAAGAAGAUGUUGGAUUUUUAAAAAGUUUCAUUAGCAAUACGAUGGUAGCAAUGACAUUUGUGAAUUUCCCUUAUCCAAACACAUUUUUGGCUAAUGUUCCUGGUUGGCCCGUGAAAAAAGUUUGCGAGAAGUUUCGAAAAAUUGAGAAGAGUGAUGAAAAAACAGCAGAGCAAUUGUAUAAUGUGAGUUAAACAGGCGACAUUUGAAAAACACUUCUUCCUCAGAUUCUCAAUCUCUACUACAACUACACUGGAAAUAAAGAACAUUUAUGCGCUAAUCAUGAAAAUUGCGAAGGUCCUUACGGAGAUCUAGGAGAUAUUUCGGGUUGGUACUUCCAGGCGUGCACCGAAGUUAUAUUACCAACAUGUUCAAUGGGUCCUCCAAAUGAUUUUUUCUGGAAUACUUGUCCAUUUUCUAUUGAGGGAAGACAAAAUUUUUGCAAUAAUACGUAAGUUUCUAGAAAAUUCCGAAUGUAUUUAUUGGCUCGUUCAAACCAGAUUUGGUUCAAUUGGCUACAAAAAAGGAAUGCUCCGACCAAAUUCGCUUGCUCUAAACUAUGGCUCUUCAAAAUUCCCAACUGCAACUAAUAUCAUAUUUUCGAAUGGUUAUUUAGAUCCUUGGUCAGCUUAUGGAUAUUCGAAAAAAAAUUUGUUGAAAGGACCGAUAAAAUCGAUAAUUUUGAAAACUGGAGCACAUCAUUAUGAUUUGAGAGGGGCAGAUAAAUUGGACACUAAAGAAGUUAAACAAGUUCGGAUUUUCGAGAAAAAUGAGAUUAAAAAAUGGAUAAAGGAGAAAAAGAUAAAGAAGAAUUGA